AUGGAGAAAGAUUGGAUUUCGAAAGAGAGGGAUUCGUUGGAGUAUGAAGUCGGGGUUGAAAAGUUUUUGAUUUGCGCCGAGCAAAACUGUAAAAAUCCUAAAAAAAUACCUUGCCCCUGCUGCAAAUGUGUCAAUUUCAAGAAAUUUCCGGUAAAAAUAAUAAGGGGUCAUCUUUACGAAAACGGUUUCAGUCUCGGGUAUAUUGAUUGGAUUUGGCACGGAGGCAAGGCUGGUAUUUCGUCUGCCGGUAGCACACUGCCCCCUCAGGAAGAGGAGCAUAAUGCAGAAGCAUUUCUUACAGCCUUUGAAGCCGCAUCGGAAGCGGUUGCUGCAUCAGAAGCGGUGGCUGCUGGUGCUUCAGAAGCUGCUGCAGUUUGUGAAGCAGCAUAUCGUAAUCCGGGGGAUAAUUCGGGGGGUGAUGAGUACGAUAAAGACUCGCAUGAUUUUAAGAGGUUUGUUGUCGAUGCUCAACAACCUUUAUUUGAGGGCAGCGACUGCACAAAAUUAGAUUCAAUGUUGAAAUUACAGAACUGGAAAGCGAGAUAUGGUGUUAGUGAUAGUGCGUUCAAUGAUCUGCUCUCGACAGUUGGCUCAUUCCUACCUCAGGAUAAUACAUUACCUGUUAACUCAUACGAAGCAAAAAAAACUCUUUCGAAUUUAGGCCUUGAGUAUACAAAAUUCCACGCGUGUCCCAAUGAAUGUGUUCUAUACAGGGGUGUAUAUGAGACUGCUUCGGAGUGUCCAAAGUGCAAGCUUUCACGCUGGAAGGUGGGUAAGGAUGGUAGAGAACGGUAUAAAGUCCCGGCAAAAGUUAUGUGGUACUUUCCGGUCAUUCCAAGAUUUAAACGGAUGUUUAAAUCUUCUUCGACAGCUGAGUUGUUGACAUGGCAUUCCACCAACCAAAGAAUUCAGGAUGGACAGAUGCGCCAUCCUGCCGACUCACCUUCUUGGCGGAAUAUCGAUUACAGGUGGCCUGCCUUCGGAAGUGAGCCAAGAAAUCUUCGACUAGCUUUGGCGGCUGAUGGUAUCAACCCACAUAACAAUGGGCUGACCAAUCGUUAUUCUUGUUGGCCGGUAACAUUGGUAACAUAUAAUCUUCCUCCGUGGUUAUGUAUGAAGAGGAAAUUUAUGAUGUUAACUAUAUUAGUCUCCGGUCCACAUGAACCAGGUAACAACAUUGAUGUGUUCUUACAACCGUUAGUUGAUGAUUUGAAAAAGCUUUGGGAAGAAGGUGAACCGAAUGUAUAUGAUGCCUUCACAAAAUCUUUUUUCACUUUAAGGGCGGCUUUGUUAUGGACGAUUAAUGAUUUCCCGGCGUAUGGUAAUUUGUCUGGAUGUGUCAACAAGGGUUAUUUGGGUUGUCCAGUGUGUGGUGAUGAUACCGUUGCUAAGUACUUGCCUUAUAGUAGGAAAAUAUGUUACCAAGGUCAUCGUCGGUAUUUACCUAGACAUCAUCCAUACAGGAAGAAUAAAGUAGCCUUUAACGGUCAACAAGAGUUUGGGCAGCCCAGGCCACCUCUUUCUGGACAAGAGGUGUUAGAACAACAAGAAAACAUUAAAUUUUCUUUUGGAAAUGAAGUAAAGAAGUCGAAGAAGGUGGACUGUGCUUGGAAGAAGAAGUCAGUAUUUUUUGAGUUAGAAUACUGGAAAUUCCAUUAUGUUCGUCACUGCCUUGAUAUUAUGCACGUGGAGAAAAAUGUCUGCGAUAGUCUAAUUGGGACGUUAUUGAAUUUAAAGUUCAAGUCCAAAGAUAGCGAGGCGUCUCGUCUUGAUAUGAUGGACAUGGGGGUUAGGACUGAUUUAGCUCCAGAACAAGGAGUCAAAAAAACUUAUCUGCCUCCUUCCUGUUUUACUCUAACAAAAGCAGAAAAAAGAGAAGUGUUGAAGUCACUAUCAUCAAUGAAGCUGCCAUAUGGGCAUUCCUCAAACAUCAGAAAUUGUGUAUCCAUGGCAGAUUUAAAGAUAUUUGGGAUGAAGUCUCAUGACUGCCAUGUACUUCUUCAACAAUUACUCCCUGUAGCUAUUCGUUCGGUGCUUCCGAAGAAUGUUAGAGUUAGCAUAAUAAGGCUUUGCUUCUUUUUCAACACUCUGUGCAACAAAAUUGUUGACGUGUCAAAACUUGAUAAAUUGCAAGCCGAUGUGGUAUUAACCUUAUGUGAGCUCGAGAAAAUAUUCCCCCCCUCUUUUUUCGAUAUAAUGAUACAUCUAAUAGUGCACCUGGUCAGGGAAUUACGUUUAUGUGGACCGGUUUUCUAUAGAUGGAUGUACCCAUUUGAGCGUUUUAAUAAAGUGUUGAAAAGUUAUGUGCGAAACCGUUAUUUUCCGGAAGGCUGUAUAGCCGAAGCAUAUUUGAAAGAAGAAUCUGUAGAAUUCUGUGCAGAGUUCUCUAGAAAUAGUUUCACAACUGCUGGUCUGCCGAAGGACCAAGGCAAACUUUCUGGUCCACUUUCGGCUGCAACAAUAAAAUCUGUUGAAGAGAAAGAACGAGAUGAGGCGCAUUUACACGUCCUCUUAAACAACAGUGAAGUGUUUCCAUAUAUUAAGAUGCAUAAGGAGUUGCUUGAAAAACUUUAUGAGGGAAAGAAAAAGUCUAUUCAGUGGAUGAUUGGGGAGCAUAAUAGGUUGUUUGCUGAUUGGUUUCAGAACAAAGUUAUUACUGAAUUAAAUGAGAAAGUCGAAGGUGUUUCAGAAACGAUAAGGUGGCUAGCAGGCAAACCAUCAUUUAAUGUUUUAACUUUUGAUGGGUAUUUAGUUGAUGGGAUCCGAUACUUCACAGAGGAACGAGACAAUGCUAGGGUUGUUCAAAAUAGUGGAGUCUCUUUAGUUGCUAAAACUGUCCAAGUUUCGAGUGCUAAGGAUUUAAAUCCCGUAGAAAGUGAUAUGACAUUUUAUGGGAGGAUUCAAGAUAUUUGGGAACUAGAUUACCACUCAUUUAAAGCCCCGUUGUUCUUGUGCAAAUGGGCUGACUGUGACAGAGGCGUCAAGGCUGACGAACUUGGCUUCACACUUGUGGACCUUAGUCGACAAGGCCACAAGAAUGACAAAUAUGUGUCUGUGCAUCAAGUGAAACAAGUUUUCUACGUGGAAGAUCCCGUUGAUUCUAAAUGGUCAGUCGUAUUGACCUCAACAAACAGAGAUUAUCACGAGAUCUACAAUGAUGAUGAUCUUGGAGAUACGAUCUUGGAGAACCCCCCAUUCUGCUCUAACAUCCCCAUAGUUGAUCCUGGUGUUGAUGACGACGAAGAGUCUAAUGCUGGCAAUAAAAGAAAGGAUGGCGAGGGAAUCUGGCUGAAGAAGUGA